CGCAAUUGAGUGAGAAAGGCAGCGCGAGAGCGGUGCGGGCGGCAACAGGAGGAGCUUACAAAGUCUCCCCCGCGUCGAGACACGCGCCGCGAGCAUUCCGCGCGCGGACUCACGUGUGCCUGCCACGGAAGGCAGCAGACGCACGAGGAAGAGUCAUCUGACCUCAUCCGUGGCAAGGGUCCCUCGUUUUCACCGCUAUUUAACUCGAACGUCUUUUCCUUUUCAAAAACUCGAAUAGAUAUUCAUGUGUUUUUUUUAUUAAUGCUGUUUAGGCACCGUCCUACGCCCGAAGGUUGUCUCGAUUCUGUUCACUCUAACGGGGGGGAAGAAAAAAAAGACGCAACUGACACUUUCACGAACGGCGCUUAUCUCACUCUCUCUCUCUCAGGAGCGUCGAGCCAAGGGUGAACUUUGCCACCAGUCUGAGAAUUCUGUUGUUAUUUUACCGUGUUGUUCUUUUCCUACUCGAAUGUGUUUUUGCUGAACAAUGAAAACGCAAGCAUCCGACUGCCAAGCGAAAGCGUCACUUUGCCACGAAAGAAGUGUUUAAAACGUCGGCGUGGCGUGCGCGUUCCGAGACCACCGCUGGUCGUCGACUCCCCUGCGGUUGUUACCUGGCGGCGCCGGCUCAACCAGUGGAGAUCUGGAUUGCAAUGCAACGAAGACGACACAUAGCAGCGCGUCUCACAUAGAAGGGGGAGGGGGGGAUUCCCCUUCAAAGUUGUCGCUGCAAUUAACAAUAAAGACUGCCAGCGUAUAGAUAAUAAGUACACAUUACAUUUAUAAUAGAAGGAAUAUUUAUAUAUAACAAUAACAAUCGUACUAUACACACACACACAAGGGGAAGACGAAGCAAAGCAUUAACCGUGUUAAUGCACAGUGCAAUAAGCGUGUAAAAAAGGAGGAAGAGGGAUCAUCUCCCUACCGGCUCAUGCGACAAAGGCGAGGAAUCAUGUGGCCGGGCGUGCAAGCGCUGCUGUCGGCACAGGCCUGCUGGCUACUUCUGGGUGCGCUCACGUCGGCCGAAAGGGAUCGCUACGACCAGUGCAAGAGCAUGAUUCACACGGAGGAGGGCCCGGCUUGGGAGUACCACGCGUGCCAGCCCGAGGCGACCGACAUGACCAAGUUUGCCAAGGUGCGCCUCGACCCGCCGGACAUCACGUGCGGGACUCCACCUGACCACUUCUGCACCCUGGAGAACCCAUACCUCUGCAACCUCUGCGACGCGAGCACCCCGCAGCUCUCCCACCCGGCGGAACUCAUGUUCGACUCGGAGCCCGCGCUCGGCUCGCCGAGCUACGGGGGCUACGGCGGCCACGGGGGCCACGGGGGCCACGUCGGCGUCGGGGCCCAGGGAGGCCUCUCCACCUACUGGCAGAGCGUCUCGUGGCACCGCCACCCGGAGCCGCUGCGCGUCAACAUCACGAUGUCGUGGGGCAAGACCAUCGAGCUGACGGACGACGUCGUCAUCACGUUCGAGUCGCGGCGGCCGAGCGCCAUGGUGCUCGAGAAGUCGCUGGACUACGGCCGAACGUGGACGGCUGUGCAGUACUACGCCGACGACUGCUACGAGCUCUUCCGCCGCGAGGCGCGCCGCGCUCUCGACCUCACGCAGGCGUCGGCCACGCAGGUCGUCUGCACCGAGGAGUACUCGCGUAGCUUCGUGGCCAAACAGGACCGCACCGUGCGCUUCGAGGUGCUCAACCGCACGGCGCUCUUCGCCGGCGUCGGCCUGCGCAACGUGGCGUCUCUGUACGCGAGGCUGGACGUGGACAGCGAGCUGCGCAGGUUCUUCACGCUGACGGAUCUGCGCGCGCGCCUCCUGCAGCCCGCCACCGGGGACACCUUCAUCGACAAGGAGAACCUCAAGAAGUACUACUACGCCAUCUCCAACGUGCAGGUUCGCGGCAGGUGCACGUGCAACUUGCACGCCAGGGAGUGCAAAUUUGAAAAGGGUCAGCUGCUCUGCGACUGCGAGCACAACACGACAGGCUCCGACUGCGGCAAGUGCAAGCGCGGAUACCGCGGGCGCCUGUGGAAGGCGGGCACCUACCUCCCGUACCCUAACGGCAUGCCCAACGAGUGCACAGCCAACACCGAUGGGCUUGGUGGCAACUUUGGAGCCGUUCCAAAGUACGAGAGAGUGUGGCCAAGUGCCUCUUCCCUCGAGGCCUCACAUCACAAACAAGCCGCCUCAAAGGCCGAUGCCUUUUUGCCGAGCAUCUCUUCCUCUCUGGAGGAACUAGACACCAAUCCAGAAUGCAGCUGCAAUGGCCAUUCAAACCGCUGCAGUUACAUCGACGUGCUGAACAUCGUGACGUGUGUGAGCUGCAAGGACAACACGCGGGGCCAGCACUGCCAGCUCUGCCGUCCGGGCUUCUACCGCAACUUCUCCGUGGAUUUGGACAAUCCCAACAUGUGCAUCAAAUGCGAGUGCAACAACUUUGGAGCCAUGCACGACCGCUGCAACGACUCGGGGAAGUGCGAGUGCAAAGAGGGGACGUCUGGACUCAAGUGCGACGAGUGCCAGCCGGGCUUCCACUGGAACAGGGGCUGCCACCCCAUCGUGUGCGACGAGUUCCUGCGCUGCGAAAACGGCGGCACCUGCGUCCAGCGGCAGCGCUGCGCGUGCGUCUCCGGCUACGAGGGUGUGCUGUGCGAAAAGUCCCGCUGUACCUCGCCCAACAGCUGCGGCUCGAACUCGGCAGGCCGGCGCCUCCGCGCUCCGGCCCUGCCGAUGCUCGCCGCGUCGUCCUCGUCGCCGCUGCUGCUGCUGCCGCUACUCGUCGCGCUGAUUUCGACGGGUCCCGUUCAGACUCUGGUGCCGACGCGCUGAACGCGCAACGCUUGCCUUUAAAAUCGCGGAAAGCAGCCCAAGUCCAGAGCCCCCCCACCCUGAUGCCCAGACCUCUGCUGCCCAAGCCCCUUGCCCAGCCCCAGCCUUCGUGCUGCUCCACCCAAACGUAUUUGAUGGAAGCCAUCGCCCGUCAGAGUUCAACCGACUUGAAACUCUCCGUGAAGUGUCACCUUUAAUUGAAUCGAGCGCCGAAGAUUUACCCAAGCGAAGUUGUUGAGGUGACGUUCGGACCAGCUGUUUCACAGGGGUGAUAUUUGUGUGGGUUUUUUUUAGUUUUUACAUUAAUUUCUUUUUAUUUUGAGUGUCUAUGCAUGGCCGGGGUUGAUGAUGGAAACCGUGGCUAUAUACUGUUUAAAAUUUUAAUUACAAUUAUCAUAUACUUUACUUUCUGGUAAUAAAAUACGAUAAAAGUAAAAAAAAAUAAAAAGGCAAUACACAAGAACUUAUGCGUAUCGAAUGCUCAUUAGAGUAUUCAACAGAAAAGCGUCUAAUUGUCCAAUAAGCGAUGGUAAAACGAGUGGCCGGCACAUGAACAGCAUAUCAGAAGAUGCACCAGGAUGUCCAGCGAUGGCAUCAAAGGAUAAGCGUCUUCAUCAAAACAAAAACUGGAUGAUGGACACGUACCUGUGUGUGUUUUAUAUUGAAAGGAUGACGAUCAACACAGAGGAUGUAUCAGUGCGUCUACUGCUCAACAAGCCUACCUAGACACGGGGCUUUGAGCCAAGCCUACAGACAGUAGCGAUUGAACAAUGCUGAAUAACAUUGAAAGGAUUCUACCAAAACGACAGACCUCUUAUCCAGCAUUAUUGUACGCCUGGGGUUGAUUAUAAUCAAAGUGGGUUGAAUUUUCUUUUCGUUUUUUUUUUUUUUGGGGUGGGGGGUUUCUCGCUGUCGUACAUUGAGUGCCGCAGGAGUCGCUUGCAAGGGGUUGGGCCACCGCGUUGAAGAAUCGCGUCGGAAAUGUGCGCAGAAAGAUUUGUAAGCGAUGACCAGGACAACAACGAAGUUAUAACGCGUCAGGGCAAUCCCUUACUGUGGGUCCUCCUCCUCCACCACCACCACCACUACCCCAACCAACCCCUGGCACCAACCACCCCGCUCUACGCACGCCGCUGCAAUACCACGGAAGGAGGGAAUCUGUGGCACGACGAGAGACACGAGGAUGGCAAGAACGUUCGCCCGGCGUGAAGCUGUCACAAAGGCCCCGUCGCAAAGUGGUCGCAGUGGGGGGCACGGUGGAAACAAAACUUUGGGGGGGGGUGGGGGGGUGGGAAAACCGCGGAAGACUGCUGCUGUGAGUGGUUGGGAGGUCAGAGAAAAACUGUGUUUUGCUUUUUGCUUCGUGCGCGUGGCAAUGUUCCACGAGCUGCUCCAUGACGGAUGCCAAGAAAAGUUAAUAAAUAUUGCGUUAAAUGAAAUGUCUUGGUGUGAACGUGCACAAGGGACCUCGGGCUUUUCACACUAAUUAUGUUCGACUAUUAUCGGCUCCGUGGGAAAAAAAAAGAUGGCACGCACUCCCAGAUGUAAUCUUGGGAGUCUGUCGAUACAAAUGAAGUUGUUGAAGCUAAUUAAAAACAGCCGUGUUGGAAUUCGUUGGUCCUUGUUAGUACCAGUUUGAAGAGAGUACAGUAUUUGUUUGCUACAAGUCUCGCGCCAUUAAACAUGAUUAUAGCGCGAGUGUUUGGUGACGCUAUAUGAAACGUGAUGAAGUAACAAAUCAAUGUCUAUAUGAAUGUAAAAUGCGGAUUGGUUGAGUGUCCUGUGUGAUGUGUAUACAACCACAAUGCCACACAUGCUACCGGGUUGUUGCGGAAGGGAAUAAAAUCUGUAAAAUUACGGGAGAAAAAAAAACCCAUCGUAACGGAAUAAUAGGUGCAAGCUGCGGGGAGAAAAAAAACAAAGAGUUUCAAACAACACGCGGAAAAAAUGUGUUAAAAACCACUCCGCCUCUGUGCAUUAUGCAAAAGCCAUCGGCGUUUUCUAGAAACAGUGCAUUGUGGUCCUCUCUUGGUCACAUUCGCUCAAAUGUAAUUGUUGUUGACCAAAGACAAGAUGAGACCACAAUGCACUACUUCAGGAAUGGCUGAUGGAUUUUGCAUAAUGCACAGAGGCGGUGUGCUUUUUACAUACUGCUUGCGUUUUGUUUGAAACUCAUGACAUUAAACAAGAUCACUCUUUAAUCUUGAACAUGAAGAUGUUUUCUUGGCGUGUUCAUUCUGGGAAAUUGGUCCUGCAGUAUUGUAGUGGACACUCAAUGCAGUAUACAGUAUUUAAAGCAUUCGUGACAAUAGUUUCAAGAAGAAUAAAAAAAAGCUGUCUCCCAUUAUAUUUUUAUAAUCAUUUCAUCGCACAAAACCACGCCCAAAUUCCCAUGAAUGUAUUUGCUCUGCUUUUGUUUCUCAUGUUACUCCUCUUGGGCAAUUGAAACAAAUUAAAGAAUGUCUUACUCAAGAGGAAGGAUGCACAGUUGUCCCUGCUACAUUGCGGCUGUUGAGUCGCCAACCGUUCUUGCCCCGUCUCUUGCAGAGUCUCACCGUAUCCAUAAAACCCACUCGAUGCGCAUACCAUUACAGGAUUCUGAACUCGAGAUGAUCAGACCGAUUUGAGAAGAAGAUGUUGAGAAUAAAACGUUUGCACAGGUUUACUCACCAACUUGUUUUAUGCUCGUAAACACUGUGACCCUGAGCAUCAAUGCGCUUCGUCCACGACUUUACGUUCUUGCUCCAUACUAUCUGUACUCUAUUGUGACAGUAGGUGAAGUAUGAUUAAACAUCACCCAUGCCUAACAUGGUUUGGGAGGCCGUCAUCCAGCAGUGGAUUGGCAUAGGCUGACAUUUCUAAUGAUUAUUGGGUCCAUAUAACAUUAGGUUGCUAUUAAUUUGCCAUUAAUUUUUACAUUUCUCAUUCCCAAAACAUUUGUGCAUCCAAUAAUAUACUAAAGAUAAUGCGUUAUGCUGCAGAUGAAAUGCCAAUACAAGAUCAAGUCAUACUUUCCUCAACACUUAUUGUCCUAUGGCCCUGCAAUAUGAAUGUGAAAUUUCUACGACUGACUCAGGGCUGCCAAUGGAGAAGAGGACGACCCAGUGUACAUCUGUGAAAAAGAGCGUUAUUGCUCAUCGGAUUUCUCCAGUAUAAUUAAAUAUUAUGAUUUGAUUUCGGAGAUAUUGCGACGUGAAUUUGGGUAAUAAUUUUCCUCCUAAAAAUCACAAAUAAAUUCACAAACACAGAUCAUGCAUAGAAAUACUCUAAUAAUAUGUGGGGGUAUUUUUGAGUCGCUGUCAAAGGUUACAUUUUUAAAUCCUUUAUAUUAAGUUCGCUUGCUUGCUUGCGUGCUUGCUUGCUUGCUUACGACCGUGCAAAUCUUUCGGUCGUUUUUUAACCCACUUCCCGUGAUCCAAUCGAGCUGACAUUUUCCACACAGACUCGUUGUGCCAGACAAUGUUCGUGAAAAAAAAUUCCCAAAAUGUUACACUUUUUAGGCAAAAAAAAAUAUUUUACAUAUAUUCAAAUAGAACUCAUUCUUGGCUUUGGCUGAACGUCACAGUAUAAGAGCCCAGAGCGUAACCCCUCCACAGGCCGUGGCGGAGUAGCGCAGUUGGUAACGCCCUCGCUUCCCAUGCCAAAGAUCGCGGGAUCGAUCCCCGCGUCCUCCACAGGCGAAUACAUUUUUAAAUCCUUUAUAUUAAGUUCGCUGCCACGCAUAUAAAGGAUUUAUAGUGAAACACUUUGUUUUUACGGGUUAUACUUAUUUGUAUUUUUAGCAUGGAAGGUUUGACGACAAACAUCCCGUAACAUCUGGUCUGGGUGUAGAAUUCAGCACAAGCUCACAGCACGACAUGUAGCGCCGCUCAGCCCAAGUCAAGAGGCCAAGUCAAGGGAAGCUGCGAACUCAGUCUGGGGUUUUUCGAGUCUCAGAUGAUGCAUGCAGGUGGAUCGAUUACUGAUUGGGACACCAAGGCAGCGUACGAUAACCAAGGCUAUGAGUUGGGUCACGGUGGUUUACAGAAGUCACGGGUGUCACAGAUAUUAUAAACUUGAAUAACGUGCUUAAAUUUUUUGGAUAUGACAAUGGAAAGACAUUCGAUUAGGUGUUAAUUUUACUUGUUUCUUUUUUAACGCCAUAGAUUUUCUGCUGAAAACACCACAGGUCGUUAUUUACAGCGCAUGACGUGAGGCAGCCAGGAGACCCCCCCACCUCUCCGAGCCCUGUCCAUAUGCAAAACGGAUCCCCAUAUUUCUGAAUUUUUAAUCGAUUCUUUCCAAAUUGAUUCGAAAUGCCACAAAAAUGUAUAUAAUUAAAAUUAGCCGGUUUAAAACAUUUUUUUAUCUUAAAAUGGUGAUUUUAACAUAUAUUUUGUUUUACAAACUUUUUGGAAAUGACUUUCUGGGUGAAGCAAUGGCCCACCUUCAUUCCGUGACCUUUCCAUAGAUUCGUUUAUUUUUAUUUUCCCACAAUCCGGCCCUUGAUAUUUGCUAAGAAUUACCGUGAUAAUUCAUUGAGUGUGCUUGUCACUCAGAGGACCGGUUUUGCUGGGAUGCUGCAUAGACUCCCUGCGCCCACACCAAUUAAGUCAAUGCCAUUGCUUUUCAUUUCGUGUGUUUAGUUCAGCCAGGCUCAGGCUUCACCCGAGACUAGGAUAAGAAAGGCAGCGUUUGUGACCUUCUCAACCUGCAGCCACCUGCUACCAACACAGCUACGGCUAGUUACUCCAAUGAUGUCGGGGUACAAAACAAUUGCUGACUCCAUUAUUUGUGAAGUUCUUUGGGUAUAUGUAUACUUCACUUAUCCACAAAGUUUUAUUGCGGAUAAUCGGACGAAUUGGCCGAUGAUCUCCACUCAUCCGUGGAGAGAAGUGCGGUUCACAGACAAACCUUUGAGAAAAGCAGGACAGGGAACCUGUGGAUAAUUUGCAGAUGGUGAGAAACACAGUCGCGGGCAUAAUGGAAUAUUUUGCAGACCCUACAGCUCCCACGGAUAACAGGCAUUGUUCACAGACGAGGCAUUCUACCGUCGUACAAUACACUUCUCAACACACCACAAGCCUUGCCUGUCGCCUGCACGCACUGCACCCAAAUGCUCUUUUAAAAGUUAGUCGCACAAAAAUAUCGGGACUUGUUUAAAUUCACCGGACUGGCUCUGAACAGGCCUGGUAGCAUUUAAAAAGCCUCCCCGUGGUAGUUUUGCCCACAGAGGAGCAAAUCAGAACGGUGUUUAUCAUCCCUUCUCGAGGGUCAGGUUGGAAACCAUUGAAUAUGCUGGUUUUGAAGGGUCACAUUGCUGCUGACUUACCUUAAUUUAUUUUUAUAGACCACCUUUACACAAAGCGCUUUGCACAGCUUAGAAACACGGCGACAAAAUAGAACGGUUCAGAUGGCAAGGGCGUGCAAGUGAU